UUUUUCUUCCGGGUUUUAGUGUUUUGACUUAAUGUUAUUAGAUUUUGCAUUUUUUAUUCUGUUCAUGUGGGACUUGGGUUGAUGAUCAUAUUCUGUUCUUAAAGUUUUUAGCUUUUUUGCCUUUUUAAAUAUGGAGUUUCUUUUCCUUGGUUUCCUAUGCCGAGAUUGAUGAUUGUGGUGAUAUCUUGUGUUUGCAUGUUAAUAUGGUUGUGGGGUUGGGGUUUAAUGGUCGAUGGAAUUGAAGGGUUCUGUAAUGCGCCUGUGUUUGUUUUGUUAACGAGGGGUUUUUUCGGCUACGAAAAGACUGAACCUUUGCACAAUGUGUGCAGAAAUCUUUGUCUUUUCGUAAAUUUUGAUCAAUCGUGUUAGUGUUUUUCUUGGUUGGUUUUGGUCUUUUGGUGUUUCUGUUAAAUUCAAGGAUUUUGGGCUCACAAAAUAUGGGGAAUAGGUGUCAGAUUAUGUGAUUGAGUGAUCAGUGAGUGAUAAUGGCGCUUGCUGGUUAAUGGCUUUUGAUUGACUUAAUUUUCGGUUGGUAGCUUAUGUAAAUUUUUUAGAUUUUAUUAUUUAGAAGAAAAAUUGAGCUAACAACUAGGGGUUCAUGUGCUGAUCAUGCAAUAAGUAAUCAUGAGUGAUUGUGAAGAUUCUGUUUAUCGAUAUUAUUUUAUUUUAAUUUCAUGGGUAGUUGAGCAUUUGGAGGGAAUAUGAUUUUCCUUUGGUAUGGAUGAUUAGUUGUCGUAUUUAUAUCUUUUGUGCCAACUGCCAUAUAUUCGAGCUGAUAAAGAAUGCAGAUUAUGUGGAUAUCAUUACUUAAUGACUGUUACAUUAAAUCUUCGUUGAUAGUAGAGGGUUGUUUGGUGAUAAGUUGUAAUGGACAUGCUCCUUAAAAUUCCAAGUAUGAGGGAUAUCACAAUUUGUGAUUGUGAUUCAUUCGCACAUGUCAAUGUUUGAAGUGGAGGCAUUAUGUGUUGAUUAGCUAGAACUAAGUACUCUUUCAGGAGUUCCAUUAUUCAUUCAAUCUAAAAUGCAAUAUGUACAAGAAAACAAAAGUAUGAGAUGUACUUUACAUGAAUCCCACGUAACGUCUCUAGUAUAAUGACAUCUGUUUGACACGUAGGUUUUAUUAAGUUGGACAUUUAUAAUUUCGCAAGUUAUUUUAUCACAUUUGCCUAUUGUUAACUGGUUGCCUUUUGGUUUUGUGGUUAUUCCACGUACUCAUCUCUUAAAGGCUAACAAGCUGGUAUUGUCAUGCGAUUGACUCUGAAGGCAAUUUUAUCAAUGAGCUUGACCAUAAAGUGGGGAAAGACGUGAAAUUAAUCUUCUUAUAUGGAAGCCUGCAAGAUAACUUCCAAUAUGGAUACAAAUAACUUCCAUGGUUCUUGAUAGUUGUGAAUAAAUUGAGAAGUUACCGAGUUAAAUGGAGGCUGAUUUGUUUGAGGAGCGGCAGCAACUGCCAUCUGCUUUACUAACUGCCAUAACUUUUGGGGUUUCAACUGAGGCAGAAAAAGAAAAGCUUUCAGUUCUAACUAUUGAUACAGUUAGUGAGGUCACUGAUUCAAAGUUGGGACUUCCAAAUCCAACUAAUCAAUGCUCUACUUGCGGAUCCAAAGAUUUAAAAUCCUGUGAAGGUCACUUUGGGGUUAUUAAAUUUCCAUUCACAAUACUGCAUCCUUAUUAUCUGUCUGAAGUUGUACGGAUUUUGAAUCAAGUUUGCCCAAAAUGUAAAUCUAUCCGGAAAGAGUCCAAGAAGAAAACUAAUUCAAAAUCUAAAGCAAAUGUGGCUGAGGGUUGCAAAUAUUGUGUCGGAAAUUCCAUAGGUUGGUAUCCAGCAAUGAAGUUCUCUGUUUCUUCUGAAGAAAUCUUCAGAAAAAAUGUAAUAAUUGCGAAAUUCAGUGAAAGGCCAACAAACAAGUCCCAAAAGAGAGGAUUCAAGAAGAAGUUGGCUGCUGACUAUUGGGAUAUUAUUCCAAAAGAUGAACAACAAGAAGAAAAUAUCACAAGGCCAAACCAAAGAGUACUAUCGCAUGCACAGGUUAUCCAUUUGUUGGAGAAUAUUGAUCCAAAUUUCAUAAGAAAGUUUGUAUUGAAGAGAGAUUCAAUUUUCCUUAACUGUUUCUCAGUAACACCCAAUUGUCAUCGUGUGACAGAAGUUACACAUGCAUUUUCCAAUGGCCAGCGAUUGGUCUUUGAUGACCGGACUAGGGCUUACAAAAAAAUGGUUGAUUUUAGAGGGAUAGCAAAAGAGUUGAGUUUUCGCGUCCUGGACUGCCUAAAAACUUCCAAGAUAAACCCGGAUAAGUCAGUAAAUAACGAUGAUUACAUGGCUCUUCAAAGGAAGAUGAAUGAUUCUUCCUCCAGUUCAUCUGGUUUGAGGUGGAUUAAAGAUGUUGUUCUUGGUAAACGGAAUGAUAAUUCAUUCCGUAUGGUGGUUGUUGGUGAUCCUAAUAUUAAGUUCAGUGAAAUUGGUAUUCCUUGUCCCAUCGCAGAGAGAUUGCAAAUUUCAGAACAUCUGACAACUUGGAAUUGGGAUAAGUUGAACACUUGUUGUGAAGUACGCCUUCUUGAGAAGGGUGAUAUGCAUGUUCGAAGGGAAGGUAAACUGGUUCGUGUCCGUCGUACUAAGGAACUCCGUAUAGGCGACAUCAUUUACAGGCCUCUUAAUGAUGGGGAUACUGUUUUGAUUAAUAGGCCUCCAUCCAUACACCAACACUCUCUCAUUGCUCUCUCUGUGAAGGUCCUUCCAGCAACAUCAGUUCUUGCAAUCAAUCCACUCAUUUGUGCCCCAUUUCGUGGAGAUUUUGAUGGUGAUUGCCUACAUGGAUAUGUUCCACAAUCAGUUGACACCAGAGUCGAGCUCCGCGAGCUUGUUGCUUUAGAUAAGCAGCUAAUAAAUGUGCAGAAUGGCAGGAACCUCCUUUCUUUUAGUCAAGAUAGUUUAGUUGCUGCACACUUGGUCAUGGAGGAUGGAGUUCUAUUAAGCCUCCAGCAAAUGCAGCAGCUGCAAAUGUUUUGUCCUCAUCAGUUGUUUUCUCCAGCUGUUAGGAAAGCUCCCUCCCUUAAUGGCUGUGCUUGGACUGGAAAGCAAUUGAUCAGCAUGCUCCUACCCAGAGGUUUUGAUCAUGAGUGUCCUUCAAGUGAUGUUUACAUUCGUGAUGGUGAGCUUAUAUCUUCUGAAGGAUCUUUCUGGCUACGUGACACUGAUGGUAACCUUUUCCAAAGCCUCAUCAAACAAUGCCAGGAUCAAGUCCUUGACUUUUUGUAUAUUGCUCAGGAAGUUCUUUGUGAGUGGUUGUCAAUGAGGGGUUUGAGUGUUUCACUUUCUGACUUGUACCUCUGCCCUGACUCAGACUCACGAGAAAACAUGAUGGAUGAGGUUUUAUUUGGAUUGCAAGAUGCAAAAGGCACCUGUAACAUGAAACAGUUCAUGGUGGACUCUUGUCGGGAUUUCCUUGCCAGUAUUGAUGAAGAUGAACAGUAUUCCGUAAACUUUGAUGUGGAGCACUUGUGUCAUGAGAAACAGAGAUCUGCUGCACUCAGUCAAGCUUCUGUUGAUGCCUUCAAGCAUGUGUUUCGCGAUAUUCAAACUUUAGGUUAUAAAUAUGCAAGUAAGGAUAAUGCACUGAUGGCCAUGUUUAAGUCUGGAAGCAAAGGUAAUCUGCUGAAAGUGGUCCAACAUAGCAUGUGCCUAGGUUUGCAACAUUCACUUGUUCCAUUAUCUUUUAGAAUGCCUCUCCAACUCUCUUGUGAUGCUUGGAAUAAGCAAAAGGCUGAAAAUGCAGUGGAAUGUGCCAGGAGUUAUAUACCAUCUGCUGUGGUUGAAGGUUGUUUUUUAACAGGCCUGAAUCCCCUUGAGUGUUUUGUUCAUUCAGUAACAAGUCGAGAAAGCUCUUUCAGUGAUAAUGCUGAUCUUCCUGGAACUUUAACUCGAAGACUUAUGUUCUUCAUGCGCGAUGUGCAUGCUGCAUAUGAUGGAUCUGUGAGAAGUGCAUAUGGGAAUCAGCUUAUUCAAUUCUCUUAUAAUAUUGAUGAGGGCAGGUCUGCGGAAACCUACGGCACUGCCAAGAUUGUUGAUAAUUAUGAUGGGAUGGCCGGCAAACCUGUGGGUUCAUUGGCCGCUUGUUCCAUCUCUGAAGCUGCAUACAGUGCUUUGGAUCAACCAAUCAGUCUACUUGAAAAAUCACCUUUGCUAAACCUAAAGAAUGUACUGGAAUGCGGGCUGAAAAAGAGUAAUGCCCACAAAUCAAUGUCGCUAUUUUUAUCUGAAAAACUUGGAAGACGGAGACAUGGAUUUGAGUAUGGAGCCUUAAAAGUUCAGGAUCAUCUGGAGAGACUUCUGUUUUCGGAUAUUGUUUCUGUUUCAAGGAUAAUUUUCUCUUCUCAGAGUGAGAGCAAGACGUGUUUCAGCCCUUGGGUUUGCCAUUUUCAUGUAUAUAAGGAAAUUAUGAAGAAGAGAAAUCUAAAUGUGGAUUCUAUAAUCAAUAUCCUUAACGGUCGGUGUAAAUCAAAUACCAAUCUGCCUAAUGUGCAAAUAUCAUGCAAGAGCUGUUCUAUAGCUGACAAUCACAGAGAAAAGGAAGAGACAUUAUGUAUAACUGUCACUAUAGUUGAAAGGUCUAAGAAUUCAUCAACCCGAUUGGCGACGAUUCAAGACCUCAUGAUUCCCUUCCUUCUUGAAACAGUUUUAAAAGGAUUAAUGGAGAUAAAUAAGGUGGAUAUUUUAUGGAAAGAUUGGCCAAGGAUAUCAAAAACACAUAACCAACCUUAUGGUGAGCUCUAUUUGCGAGUUUCUAUGUCAGCAGACUCUGAGAAAACAAGACUCUGGAACUUACUGAUGGAUUACUGUCUCCCAAUAAUGGAUAUGAUUGAUUGGACGUGUAGUCGUCCAGACAAUGUUCGAGAUUUCUCUCUGGCCUAUGGCAUAGAUGCAGGAUGGAAAUUUUUUCUCCAGAGAUUGGAAUCUGCAAUAUCUGAUGUUGGCAAGAGUGUGCUUCCUGAACAUAUGCUUCUUGUUGCAAAUUGCUUAUCAGUCACAGGCGAGUUUGUUGGCUUAAAUGCGAAAGGCUGGAAACGGCAGAGAGAAGAUGCAUCAGUCUCGUCGCCAUUUGUCCAAGCAUGCUUUUCCAGUCCUGGUAAUUGCUUUAUCAAAGCUGCUAAGGCUGGAGUUAAAGAUGAUCUUCAAGGAAGCUUGGAUGCUUUGGCAUGGGGAAAGGUUCCCUCUGUUGGGACUGGACAGUUUGAUAUUGUAUAUUCUGGCAAGGGUCAUGAGGUUUUGAAGCCUGUAGACGUCUAUGACCUUCUGGGUUGCCAAAUGAGUACUGAUGAGCAGAAUGCUGAGUUUGAAGUACCUUUCCUUCAGAACUAUAAAUCUGACAAAUGUGGAGGCCAGUUUUUGUGUAAAUCUGGUGAUCGUGUCCCUAAUAAAAUCUUAAAUACUUUAAGAACAAGAUUUUCUUACGAUGAUAUUAAUAGACUCUCCCAAGCACUGAGCAAAAUUUUGAACAAGUACUCUGUUGAUCAACAAUUAAAUGAGGCUGACAAGUGUACUUUGACCAUGGCUCUAUAUUUUCAUCCCCGAAAAGAGGAGAAAAUUGGAUCUGGAUUCAAAGACAUCAAGGUUGUAAAGCAUCCAGAAUAUCAAGAUUCACGCUGUUUUUCACUAGUGAGAUCAGAUGGGACAAUUGAGGACUUCUCAUAUCGCAAGUGUGUCUAUGGUGCUCUUGAGAUCAUUGCUCCCCACAAAGCCAGAAGGUAUCAUGAAAAAUAUUUACAAAGCCGUACACCAUAAUUGUGUAUGAUCAGAAGAUCAGACAGUAAGGUGCCUGCCAUUAGGAAUGGACAAUAACAUGUAAGAUUGCCGUAAUGGUCAUAUUGACUUCCCGGUGGAUGGACAACACAGUUGCCUUAACAGAUGAACUACUAACAUCAGCGGCAGCGCAUCAACUGAAUAUAGUUUUGAAGCUUUUAUACCGUUCAGAAAGCUGUACAUUUUCUAUACAAGUAGAUCAUGCAUGAGAGGAAAGCUAGAUAAACAGUAAGCCAUCUUUUUGUUGUCAAAUAACUGUUUUUUGACUGUAGCUCUUUCUUUCUCUUAAAGUUAGGGUAGUUCACUUCCCAAGCUUCUUUUUGCUCCUUUCACUAUAACUUUCUUUGCCUAUCAUUGUUAAACGGCAAAGAAGAUGUAGUGAAAGCAGCAAAGAGAAGCUUGUGUGAAGCCAUUCAUUUUCUUUCAUAAUGUAUUCAUAAAUAUAA